AUGGCGGAGCCCACUCUCUUGCCGCCGCUGGGGCAGCUUACGCCAAAUGACCAUGGCCCGAUCGUGUCACUGUCCACCUUUAUAUUUCUAUCCUGUACGCUAAUUGUGGUGCUGGCGAAGAUCGCGUCGAUGCUCUAUCUGAAGCGUUCCGUCCCUUCGGUAGACAUCCCAAUUUGGAUCUGCCUGAUUGUUGCAUUUGAUCAGAGCAUUCUAAUCCAGAUAGCCGUCAAUCGUGGCAUGGGAAAACAUCGCAGUGAGGUUCCGAGUGACUCCUUGGAUGCAUAUAACAAGCUCAACUACACGGCCGAACUUCUCUUGCUCCUCGUACUCGCACUGUCAAAAGUGUCAACCGGCAAUCUCAUCCGCUCGAUCAGCCCCAGCAAAUCGAUUCUUCGAUGGGGUUUCAUGGUACAGAUCGGACUCGGUGUCUGGACGCUGCUCGCGCUCUUCGGGACUGCCUUUCAAUGUCGUGCUCCAUAUUGGGAAUAUUCGCCAAGCCGCUGCAUAGGAAAGGGUGCCGUCGUAUACCCGAUCAUGGUCCUCAACAUGGCACUCGACGCAGCUCUUGUCGUCCUUCCAAUAGUAAUGCUGUGGAAUGUGCAAAUGCCUCUCGUCCAGCGCCUCAAGGUUUCGUCAGCAUUUGCGUCUCGUUCAUUGGCAAUGAUGAACAUCAGCGUCAUCACCGCUUGUAUCCCGAGUCUCUACCGCGUGAUCACCAGUCUAGCCCUAGGAAUGAACACCGUCCAUAUGCCCGAGGGCACCGAGCUGAGCUCCACGGCAAACUCCACGAAACGCAACUCGCAUUCAACGCCCAAAUCCUGCAGAUCGUCCAGGCCGAGUCGCGGCCGAGAGAGUAGCUUGAUAUCCAGCAUAAGCACAGCCACGCGCACCGCACGCAGAGAUGAGAGCACUGAAAGCACUAAACGGAUGGUGAGGUAG